CACGGCGCCCGCGGCUCCGGUCCCGGCGGGGCGAGGCGAGGCGGGAGGAGGAAGAAGAGAGAGAGAAGCAGGAGGAGGCCCAGGCCGCCCCGGCGUUCCUGCCUCCCCCCGGCCCGCGCUUUGUCCGCGGCAGCCGCCGCCAGCGCGGAUGCGAGAGCCGCACACAACCACAACCAGCGUAUCUAUAUUCCAGUUUCUCUUGGGCUAUUAAACCCUGACACAUCUGGUGGCAAAUACUGAGCUCAGGAUUGAUACUGGCCUUUCAGUCAGAUGGAGACUUUGGAGGAAAAGAGCAAUCUCCUUGGUUUACAGGCAGACAACAACAUGGAGCAACCAUUCACUGUCAGCUCAUUGAGAAAGCUGGUGGCUGUUCCUGACCACACAGACAUCUCGGUGAGCCCGGAGGAGAGAGUGCGUGCCCUGAGCAAGCUGGGCAGCAACAUCAGCAUCAACGAGGACAUCACCCCGCGGCGGUACUUCCGCUCAGGGGUGGAGAUGGAGCGCAUGGCCGCCGUCUACAUGGAGGAGGGCAACCUGGAGAACGCCUUCGUCUUCUACAACAAGUUCAUCACGUUGUUUGUAGAAAAAUUGCCCAGUCACCGAGACUAUCACCAAUGUGCAGUACCAGAAAAACAAGAUAUUAUUAAGAAAUUGAAGGAGGUUGCAUUCCCACGGACAGACGAACUGAAAAGAGAUCUUUUAAAAAAAUAUAACUUAGAGUAUCAAGAAUACAUGCAACACAAAAACAAAUGUAAAGCUGAAUUUCUGAAGAAACUGGAGCACCAAAAGCUAAUAGAGGCAGAGAAGAAACGAAUCGCACACAUGCGGCAGCAGCAGCUCGAAUCAGAACAGUUUCAGUUCUUUGAGGAUCAACUUAAGAAGCAAGAGCUAGCUCGAGAUCAGAAAAUCAAAGAGAGUGUGGUUAUGUCUGAACAGAUAGAUGGAAGUAUGCUGUCUUGUGUUUCUGUACAAGAGAACAGCUCCUUAUCUGCAGCACUGCUGGAGAAGAAGGAGAGGCGCGGCACCUCUGGCUGUGCUGGACAUUCACCACCCGUGGAACGGGUCUUAAAGCCAGCAGCUACUCUAAGUGCUGUUCAGACUCAAUUGGCCGAAGCACUCAGAGGUGUCAUUUUGCCCAGGGAUCUCUGUCACAAAUUUCUGCUGCUGGCAGAGGCAAAUACAGUAAGAGGAAUAGAGACAUGUGGAAUUCUCUGUGGAAAACUGACUCAUAAUGAAUUUACUAUUACACAUGUAAUAGUGCCAAAGCAAACUGCAGGACCAGACUACUGUGACAUGGAGAACGUGGAAGAAUUAUUUGGUGUUCAGGAUCAGUAUGAUCUCCUCACUUUGGGUUGGAUCCAUACACAUCCAACACAAACUGCAUUCUUAUCCAGUGUUGAUCUCCAUACUCAUUGUUCUUAUCAGCUAAUGUUGCCAGAGGCCAUUGCAAUUGUUUGUUCACCAAAGCAUAAUGACACUGGCAUCUUCAGACUGACUAAUGCUGGCAUGCUAGAAGUUUCUGCUUGUAGAAAGAAGGGAUUCCAUCCACAUACAAAGGACCCUAGGUUAUUUAAUCCAUGUACCCAUGUGGUUGGGAAAGACAUAAAGAUAAUCGUGCUGGAUCUGAGGUGAUACGGAUGAACCACAACAAUGUACUCUACAAAAGGCCAAAACAGAAAAAUGGAUUCCUGUUUUUUCCUACAUUUUCAGAAAUUACUUUUAUAUUUAUACAUUUUAGAUUGAAUGGUUUGAUAUUUAUUGCUCUAGCCUGUUUUGGAGUUAUUUUGUUGCUCUGUCAAGAUGGAGUUCAGUGGCAUUAACCCUGAAUCUGUAAACAAAUCUCACCCAUAAAACACAACAAUAAAAUGAACUUCAAACU